AUGAACAAACAAAGUUUGUAUGAAGGUUUCAAGAAAGUUUACAACAGUGUUGUUGGUGUUAAAACGACUUCAAGCUUCCAUGAAACGGGAACUUUAACCCCGAUGGAAUUUAUUCAAGCUGGAGAUGAACUGCUGCACAAAAUGCCCGUGUGGUCAUGGGCUGAAGGACCUGAAAACAUCCAACCAUUUCUUCCACCGAACAAAAAGUACCUCGUUUAUCGUGGCGCUCCCUGUUAUGAGCGGGCAGCGGUGGCGGGAAAUGAUGAUGCAGAUGAAAUUGUAGAAGAUGAUGAUGAUGAGUGGAUAACAACGCAUGCAAAUCGCGUAUUAAAAGCAACCACAGAAAUAGCUGCCGAAAAGACCAUAAACUGGGACGAUGAUGAUGAUGAUGAUGAUGCUAAUAAUAAUAAUAAUGUUGUUGUUGUUGACAGUAGCCGUAAAGAUGAAGGUGACGACGACGAGGAUGCGGACAGGGACCAAACGGAGCGGCGACGGUGUCGACUGUAUGAUGUUUAUAUGGUAUACGAUCAAUAUUAUCAAACUCCACGUAUAUUUCUUAUUGGUUACGCUGAAGAUCACGUCACACCUCUCACAACAUCCGAAAUGAUGGAAGAUGUUUAUCCGGUGAAUCGUGAGAGAACUGUUUCAAUUGAUCCUCAUCCAUUCCUGCAAGCCGCUUGCAUCAGCAUUCAUCCGUGUCGCCAUGCUGAAACAAUGCGGCGGAUGAUUCAACACAUGAAGCAACGAUUUGAGGAAAGUUCACCAGAAACGGCAAAGUUUGUCUUCCCAACACAUAUGGCAUUAUUUCUUUUCCUCAAAUUCAUUUCCUCUGCAGUGCCGAGCAUCGAAUAUGAUUUGUCGACAGGUAUCGACAUUUAA